GCUUUAUUACUUAAAAAGAAAUCAGGCUACUCAAAAUUUUAAUCUUUGAGAUGAACUCUGUCAAGUGUUUGUGUUUGAUACAUAGAUGUGACAUUUCAUCGUAGUUAAAAUAUCGCUGACUAAUAGAGUUUGUUUCUCUAUGAAUGCUUUCUGAUCCCGGAUUUCGUGAACUUAUAUCCUUGCCUCUUAGUUCAGCUGUAUUGCAUGGUCUUACACGUGCUGGAUUUAAUUGUGUAUCAGAAAUCUCUGGACUAAGUGUUGAUCGUCUAGUCUCUCUAUGUGGAGUUAGCACCAAAGUUGCUCGUGGUGCCUUGGAUAUCAUUCAUCGUUAUCAUCAGUCAUCUGUCGAGUGUAUCGAUAUUAAUAGUCUUGGUUUAUUUGGCCUGCAUACAGCAUGGGACUUACUUGAUACUGCGCAUUCACAUGGUGAUGAUAUUGAAAACAAAGGAUAUAAAUGUAGCUAUUUAGUGAGUAUGUGUCGUAGUUUUGACGAACUUCUCGGUGGUGGUUUCCCAACUGGACGACUGACUGAACUAUGCGGUGAACCAGGCGUUGGAAAAACUCAAUUCUGUUUCCAGGCGUGUGUAAAUGUACAAAUACCUAAGUGGUUUGGUGGACUUGAUGGACAGGCUUUAUUUUUAGAUACUGAAGGAAAUUUCAUCCCUGAACGUGUUCGACAAAUGGCUACCGCCCUAACCAAUCACUGUAGACGUCAUUAUAUUGCAGCAAAUCCAGAGAAAUCUGAUGAACUUUCUAUCCGACAGCAUUGCCCAAGCGUUGAAAGUAUAAUGUCUGGGAUUCACUAUAUACGAAUCACUGAUCACUUGAAGUUACUAGCAGUCUGUCAACAUCUUGAACAGUUUUGUGAUCAACAUCCAUUGAUACGACUAAUUGUAGUUGACAGUAUUGCCCUCCCAUUUCGUUAUGACUUCGAUGACAUUCCUCAACGUAAUCGUUUGUUGGCAAGUGUCGCACAAAUUCUUCUCGGUAUUGCUGGACGUCAGCAAGCUACGGUUAUUCUAACAAAUCAGAUAACAACUAGAUUCGAUGCAAGAUAUAUGAAUUCAGCACAGCCUGAUUGUGUUCCUGGUCAUGAACAAAUAAAAUAUGAUCAAAAUUCAUGCUUAGUUCCUGCACUUGGUGAUAGCUGGGGACAUAUCUGUUCCGUUCGUAUUUUUUUAACACGCUUAUCCGCGGGCUGUCGGCAAGUUCGACUGAUUAAGCAUCCUGGAAGGCCAUGUGGUGUGGGAUAUUAUCAGAUAACAACUGGUGGUAUUCGUGAUCUUGUGCAAGACAUCAAACAAACAACUUAACAACGAAGUGAUGGUUAACGAAAAACCAAACUGGGAAACACUUCCAAAGAACUUUGGUCAAAAUGAAGUGUUGAUAAUGUUAGAGACCAUCUUCUUAAAACAAUUUUUUUCCUUAACUUUUACUAUGUACACACGACUUGGAAAACAAAAACAGUUUUAAGAUAAA